AUGUUGGAUUUUCCUCAUAUCAAGCUCGUAGACAUUAAUUAUGUUGGUUAUAAAGGCAUGUCAUCGCUAUAUUUGAUGAAGGCACCAGAUGGAAGUGGUGCAAUCUUCGAUACUGGCUCACCCAAAAGAUUUAAUGUAAUAUGCGAUGCGAUAAAGGAAAUGGGAAUCAAAAAAGAAGGUUUGACACAUGUUUUCUUGACACAUUCACAUAUGGAUCACUCAGGAAAUGUCUCUUUAUUGCUAUCGAAUUUUCCUAAUGCAAAAUUAUACGCAAAUUCAAUUACUCUCAAACGUUGCAUAGAUCCUAAACCACUAAUUCGUCAUAUGAGUAGUGUUAUGCGGAGACAUUAUAAUUCUGAAUUUGGAAACAACGUUAAACCAAUAUCAGAAAGACGCUGUGUUGAAGUUAAAGAUAAUCAAAUAGUUAAUUUUGCUAAAUUCAGAGAUAUUAAAUGUAUUGACACACCUGGUCAUACAAUUGACCAUGUCUGCUUCUUAAGCAAGCAGGACAAAGUCAUUUUUACAGGUGAUGCAUUUGGAAACCGCUAUAUGGAUAUUACUCUUCCGAUCUUUUCAUGUCCAUUCAUGUUUGAUUACUAUAACUCUGCCAAGUCAGUUAUCAAAAUCCUCAAAAGCGGCGCUACAGUUGCUGCUCAAACUCAUUUUGGCUACAUUCAAGAUUUUGAAUACUUUGGAAAGACUAUCCUUGAAUGGAUCAAUAGAUUUGGAGAAAUCGCUAAAGAUUCAAAGCAUCCUAAAUUUGAAGUCCAAACAGAGUUUGCCAAGCGUUUUGGAAGCAACUGGGAACAUAAUGAAAUAAUUCGAGGUCAUUAUAGAGUUGAUCUUCUUGGCGUCACUUCAUAUAAUAUGCAAAUGCAUGGAAAGAAAUUUCAUCUCUCCGAUUUUUUAUUACGAUAA